AGUUCCGAAUUGACGCUUCGCGAGAGAACAUUGUACGUACAAACAAGCAGAGAAAGUUCGUGACAAGUGAGAAAAUUUUAGUGUGUUAAAAAUGGUUCGCAGUUUAGCGCAGUGGACAAAAACUCUCAGUUUUCCGGCAAGGAUUUCUCCCAAUAAGGGAUCUAAGGAUAACAUAAAUAUUCAUCAAAUCAGUCCGACUAUCACGCCGACACCGAGCAGUAACUCGUUAAGCAAAAAUAACGAAAUUAAUGGGAUUAUGAACAACAAUUUGUCUAAUAAUGAUGUUAAUCAAAUUUACCCUGAUCCUGAAUCAGAAAAGGCCAUUAUGAGCUCAGUCGUUUACUGCAUUCAUCAUAAAGAAGGAUGCAAAUGGUCAGAUGAACUAAGGAAAUUAAAGGGUCAUUUAAACACCUGCAAACAUGACGCCAUUCCCUGCACUAGCAAAUGUGGCGCUCAAAUUCCAAGAGUCCUUAUGGAGGACCAUCUGAAAUAUACUUGUCCCCAGAGGAGGACAAGGUGUGAAUUUUGUAAUAAGGAAUUCAGCGGACAUGCUUUGGAGAAUCACGUGGGCAACUGCGGAUACGAGCCCCUCUACUGUGAAAACAAAUGCGGCGUGAAAAUCGCGCGUCGCCACCUCAGCCAACACAAAACAUCCGACUGCUCGAAACGCCUACUCCCUUGCCGCUACUGCGCGAAGGAAUUCGUUUGCGAUACACUCACCGCGCAUCACCUUAAAUGCGGCAGAGUGCCCGUUUCCUGCCCGAACAGGUGCGAAGCAAACGUAUUGGCUAGAGAGGAAUUGGAGGCUCACUUAAAAGAAGAAUGCACGGUUUCGGUGCAGUCCUGCAGCUUCAAAGAAGCUGGGUGUAGAUUCAAAGGACCCAGAUACAACAUGGAUAAGCAUUUGGAAGAGAACUGUCAGCAACAUUUGACGAUGAUGUGCACCAUGGUUUCCAAGCAACAACAUCAGAUUACUUCAUUGAAAAGUGCUUUGAGUAGGCUUUCAUUGAAUUAUUCUGGUACUUUGAUUUGGAAGAUUAGCGAUUUUUCGGCCAAGAUGGCCGAAGCGAGGAAUAAGGAAGGCAUGGAGUUGGUGUCGCCACCUUUUUACACUAGUCAGUAUGGAUAUAAGUUGCAGGCCUCUCUAUUUCCUAACGGAAACGGCGCAGGCGAGAACACGCACAUCUCCGUCUACAUAAAAAUUCUACCCGGCGAAUACGACGCCCUCUUGCGUUGGCCUUUCGCACACUCCGUCUCCUUCACCCUCUUCGACCAGUCGACGUGUCCGGAAAAGGCGUGCAACAUCGUCGAGAGUUUCAUUCCGGACCCGACAUGGAAGAAUUUCCAGAGACCCAGCAAGGAACCCGACAGCCUGGGCUUCGGAUUUCCCAAAUUCGUCUCGCACGAGAUGCUCAAGAAAAGGCAUUUCAUGAAAGAUGACACUAUGUUUAUAAGAGUUAAAGUGGACCCGAGCAAAAUUGUAGCUGUCUAAAUUUUUACUUAUUCUAUUUAUUUUGAUCUCACCCU